AUGGCCACCCGCAUAGCCUGCCGCGCCGCCUUCCGGCGCAACGUCGUCCCCGUCACCCUCGUCCUCACAACCACCUUCGCCCUAGCCUCCCGACAACAGCCUCUGAAGCUGGACGCUUUCAGCUCGCAGCAGUCGCGGUCUCUUCAUUCCCAAAAGAACAACAAGGAAGAGUGGUUGAACCCGGAAACGAUCAAGCAGCUUUCUAGUGGGAGUUUGGGCGGUUUUGCCACGGGUCUUUUGAUCAGUGUCUUUUCCAAGACGCUUGUGUUGUUGGCUGGUGUUGGUAUGGUGAUAGUUCAGGUUGCGUCUCGUUACGGCAUCAACCUGGUAGACAUGCUGCAUCUUCGGAACAGGGUGAACUCAUCCAAGAUUCUCAAGUCGUUGCAGCACAAGGUCGCCUUUAAGCUUGCCUUUGCCGUUACCUUUGCUCUUUCUGCCUUUAUGUCAUUCUAG